CGUCAUCCACGUGUUGCAGAYGUAAAAGACAUCGGUUGGAAAAACGGACUGGGUCUACUGAUCGUCUUGGCCACCUGUUAUUAUGCUGUACAACCAUUCAAAUGCCUGGUCACACUGAUACCUGCCGGGAAACUUGUGAAAACAUGGCCACAGGAGUACUUCAAAAUCGGAGCGCUGUGUACUUUCUUAGGGUCAUUCGUUUUAUUCAUUUUCUUUGACACAAAAAACAACCGRCACAGACUGUUGCCGUUAGCCGGACUUGGUGUGUUCGUUCUCGUCGGAUUCAUAUUUUCCAAACACCGUGGUCACGUGAAUUGGACCACGGUUGCGUCCGGUCUAGCCACUCAGAUAACCAUAGGUAUGUUGACCAUCCGAUGGCCGGUCGGCCGAUCUAUUGUCCAAGCAGUCGGAGAGUUGGCCGAAAAGUUUUUCUCCUUUGCGUACGUCGGAGCUAAGGUGACGUACGGCAAUGAGCUAAUCGACAAUUAUGGUGUAUUCGCGUUCAAGGUGYUGUCGGUGUUAUUCUUUAUGUGUUUUGUUAUUGAAAUACUAUUUUAUUAUGGGAUAAUACAGACAAUAGUCAUAAAGUUAGGAUGGUGCUUGCAACAAUUACUGGGAACGACAGCAGCCGAAUCAGUCAAUACCUGUGCCAGCGUAUUCUUAGGCAUGUCGGAAGCACCUAUUAUCAUUAAACCGUAUUUAGCUGAUCUAACAGAAUCAGAAAUCCAUGCCGUUAUGAUGGGAGGAUUUUCAACAGUAGCAGGAACCGUAUUCGCUGCGUACACAUCGUUCGGCAUUGAUUCGGCCUACCUAAUUACUGCAUCAGUCAUGUCAGCUCCAACUGCGUUAAGUUUCUCCAAACUGAUCUUUCCAGAAACUGAAAAAUCAUUGAACAGCGUGGAUCAGAUAUGUACUAAAAAGACUAACGACGAGGGUAACGUAAUAGACGCGGCUUGUAAAGGAGCCCAGUUUGGAUUGAAAAUAAUUGGGGCGAUUGUCGCUAACAUAGUGGCAUUCGUGUCGUUCGUAGCAUUCGUCAACGCGAUAAUAUCAUGGUUGGGACAUUUGGUUGGAUUCGAAGACAUAUCAUUCGAGUACGUUCUGGGCAAGGUGUUGAUACCCGUCACAUGGCUGUUGGGCGUUGAUCCUGGUGAGUGUGAAGURGUUGGUAAAUUGAUCGGCCUGAAAAUGACGGUCAACGAGUUUGUGGCUUACAAACAAAUGGGCGAUCUAAUCAAAGAAGGCAAGCUUAACCGCAAGUCGGAGAUCAUCGCCACAUUCGCUUUAUGCAGUUUCGCUAAUCCUGGAUCGAUUGGUUCAAUGAUUGCCACGCUGACGACUUUAUGCCCAACGCAGCGAUCAGCAAUAACCAAAAAUGUGUUUAGAGCAUUUGUAGGCGGUACGGUCACUUGUUUUUUAACGGCUGCGAUUGCUAGUUUACUGAUGCCCGAUGAAGGACUAAAAGACUAA